AUGGCACGUUCACUAAGAAAAAAUACUUUUGUAUCUAAUGAUUUGUUGAGUAAAAUAGAUAAUCUAAAUAUGAAUAAAGAGAAGAAGAUAAUAGUAACCUGGUCCCGGAGAUCUGCCAUUGUACCCGCAAUGAUCGGUCAUACCAUUGCUGUUCAUAAUGGAAAGUCACAUUUACCCAUUUUUAUAUCAAAUGGUAUGAUAAACCACAAAUUAGGAGAAUUUGUACCUACUUCCAUUUUCCAGGGACAUGCGAAAAAGGAUAAAAAAUCGAAAAAUGAAAAAAAAAAAAAUUAA